AUGAUCGAGUUGCCGCGGGAAUCCACGGACAUCUCCAGUGCCUUCGUCGCUCUGUCGCGCAAGUCCGCGCUCGCGCAUCGGACGCCCUUUCUGCCGCCCGUGCAGCAUCACGCUGUUCCCUUUUCUCACGAAUGGGCCUCCGUCGUCAUCAUUCGCGACCCCGCCAAGCGCGCGCAUGCCGCUGCAAUGAGCAGCAGCCCCAGCAUGACUGCGAGGCCGAGGAAGCCCUUCAACACGAAGACGAGCGCCAGCGUCGCCCCUAGGCAGAACGCGAAGUCGAGCGGCGCCGCGAGCAAGAGCAAGACACUGCGCGCAAGGCCUUCCUCGAGCUCGAGAUCGAGCAUGCAACAUCCGAGCGGCAGCAGCGCAAACAUCGGGCACGGGAAGCAGGAGAGCACAGCGCGCGAGAUCUCGGGUCGCAAGCGGCUCGGCCGGCUAAGGCGGCAGGAGGAGCACCGACGGCUCAAGCAGUAG